CAAAAAAAAUCCAGACAUGGACAAACUUAAAAUGCGUUCCAGAAAUGCAGCAACGGAAUCUUGGCUGCACGUAUUACGUGUGGACAAAACAUGAAUUUCCAUCACAUUCUGCGCUGGUCACAUGUAAAUAUGUGUAAAUAACACAAGCCUUAUUAUAAUUGUCUGAACGUUAAGGAAAAAAAAAUGCAUUAAAAAAACCAUGGGGAGUAAGCUGUCCAGGACACGUUUAAGCAUGUUAUAUGUGCUUGAACAGCAUGAGUGUGGUGAACUGUAAUACCACCACCAACCAAUGGAGGGCGAUGUUGUCGUGUAAGAAGUGAUGGAGUUGGAGAUUAAAACACUGACUGCUUGUUGAUCUGAAGAAGCAGCGGAGCUGCUAGCGCUCGGAAACAACAUUGCUUUAUAACUUAACAAACGUCAUGCUUAAACAAUAAAGCAAGACUUAUAUUUAAAUGUAAACCUCUGUGCUUCAGAGCUUCACCAGCAUGAAGAAAAGUGCUUCUCUACCACACAGUACCGGCGCUACUUAGCUUGGCGAGAGUAACCCCUUCAAACAACUAUGUCAGAUAAUCCUACUCUUUAAAAUGAAGCUACAGUUAGAAGGGUUGGGGAGGAUUCGGAUUCAGCCCAAUACGCUGGAAAUAAUCGUGUUUGUACGUUUACCUUUCCGUGGAUUUCAGGCUGGCUUGUCUGCAAACAUCGCUUCAGGUUUUCUUGUGUUUUUGCCUGUGAUGGUCACUCCACACAACGUACACAACGUCUUAUUGAAGGUCGUGUUAAAUGUAAAAUUUGUCCAUAUAUGUACUCGUCUUUUUCUACCCGGAGUAGACAUUUUUCACCUAUAUCACAGACAGAAUUCAAUAAAUUAGCGUCUUCCCGGGGGCUCCAGGGCUCUGUGUUCUGAUUAAAUUGCUUUACAUUUGCCCCCGCCCUCCUCUACCAGCAGUCGCUAUGAUUGGAUGUCGUCUUCGAAGAGCAUUUUCAUUUCGUUUUUAUCCGUUGACGAAAAUGUCUGUCAAUUUAGUUAAGGUUUUCGUGUCUGGACGGGAGUUUUUGUUUCGUUUUCGUUGGGUGAAAAAUGUCGUUGAUGACGUAAAUUUUUCGUCAACGAAAUUAACGCUGCUUUGUGCUCUUCCUUAGUUUUUGGAUUUUAUGCUAUUAAAGACACGUUUUUGGAGCUGACAGCUGUCCUGCAAUUGUGUGCGCACACCAAAGCCUGACAUGGAGUUAGAAUUUAACAAUUCAAAACAAGGAGAAAUACCAUUGUAUGGACUCUGCACAGUAGUUGUAUGGCUCAUCUGCAAACUCCUCAUCCCAGAACCUGUGAUAAAACACAUCUGUAGAUGUGUUGUGCCUCAUCUCGCUUUCACCAAGUCUUUGAUUUUGCGUUGAUACAGAAAUGCGUGAAUGGAUCAAAAUACUGCUUUGGGGUUGUUUAUAGUGAUGAGCAAACAGUAUGAUAAACUUAAAACUGAAAAAGUUGUUUUUUCAUGGUAUCGUCCUUUAAAAACGAGAGCAAACAUAACUUCUUGUAUUUUUUUUUACUUCUGUCAUUCUAAAAAAGCUGCUAAAACUGCACCGAGGACGUGUCUAAGAAGGAUGAUCAAAUGAGGAACAACAUUAGAGGGGACUAUAAGAGUUCACUUCCUCCGACUCCUUUUCAAGCAAUUUAUAAAUAUUUUCUUUCAUAAAAAUAAUAUUUAUUAGAUUAAAUGUGUCAUGUGGUAUGUAUUUAUAAGUGCAAAUCAUGUCCAUGAUUAAGAAGAGAUAUGAUGGGAUCAUUCACACGUGUAUGAGACUGUAUAGAAAAUUAUAUACAGUAAAUGUAUCCGUUUAUGCAUGUAUAAAUUACUCUGUGGGUAGUUUCUCAAGUUCAGGUCCUCUACCAGAGGACUGGCAGCUUCCUGUGUGGUAUCUUUCAUGGUCUGCUGUAGCCACUCCUUCAGUUUUGGGUUUACUGCCUGAGUGCUCUGAAUACUACAGGCACCAAGAGGACCUAAAGUACAAAAACUUGGAGAACAAGAAAAAGUAACAUUUCCUGUGAAGAUUUAAUUUAUGCUUUUUGAAGAGCAUGUUUUCUUAUUUGAUAUUUUAAUGUUGCAUUUUAUGUAUAAUAAACAGGAUAAAAAACAAACUGGAGGUGAUGCAUUUUUAUACUUCAGUGCUCCUACUUCCUCAAAGUAUUUUAGCAGAUGGUUAACAGGAAAUUGUUCUAUCUUCAGCACAAAGUGAGAAAAUGUUUCACUUUCUGCAACAAAUCACUUCAGUUAACGUCCGAGUGUUAACGCAGCUGCAGCACCUCUUCUGUUGCAUCAGCCUCAACAAGAUGUCCUCAGGUAUUUAUGCUAAACCAGAUUUCUCAAAGAAGGUCAGAUACAACAGAAAUCAGCAAGAAGACUCAUCAGACUGGGAAGAGUGUGAGGUGACAAUCUACAAUGAAGCUUACGAAUCUGUGGAGAACACCACCAGGGAUCAGUCACCAGAACAAGCUCCACAAACAGAGGCGAUUCCUAAAGUCCAGAAAAGGUCCAGAUGUGAUAAAUGGUGUCUGCUGGCACUGUGUACUGUCCUGUCAACUGUGAUCAUCAUUCUAUCCUCAAGCUACAUGGUAGUCAGCAUCAGCAAUCUGCAGAAGAAUGUGGAGAAGCAGAAUAACAAGUUUGAAGAUAUGGCAGUCAACAUCAACAAUCUAGAGAAGGACCUGAAGGAGCAGUUAGAAGACAUGGCAGUCAACAUGAGCAAUCUACUGAAGAACCUGAAGGAUCAGAAUAACAAGUUUGAUGUCAUCAACAAAACUCUUUUGGAUGAAACAAAAGUGCUGAAAAACAAGAGUGAAGGUAAACAGUAUCCUGAAUUAUGGAUGAAAUUUGGAAGCAGCUGCUACUAUAAAUCCACUGAGGAGAGAACUUGGCCCGACAGCAGGAGUUUCUGUCAGUUUGUAGGAGCUGAUCUGCUGGUCAUCAACAGCAAAGAGGAACAGGAGUUUGUUUCUAAAAUGAAUCCAAAUAAAGAAUCCUGGAUUGGUCUGUAUGUUGAAUGGUCACUACAGAAAUCUGAAUGGAAAUGGGAAUGGUUGGAUGGAUCACCGCUGACAGAAACGUUCUGGGAUGAGACUUUUCCUAAAGAUCCAAAGAACUACUACGACUUUCCUGUGUUAAGUACUGAAGGGAAAUGGAAAGUACAGAACUAUUCAACCAACAAAAACUGGAUAUGUGAGAAAUAAAAUUCCAGAUCUUUCUUGUUA